CACUGAUCCGGUUUUUUAUUGUAAUUUCGCCUCUUUCUCUGUGUGUUCGAGGUUCGGUUCUGUGAUUCGGUGUUCCGUUGAGCCCGCAGAGUUCCGGUUCAGCCGCCGAUCACGCAGACGGAGAUCAGCUGAUGGAGGGACACACACCUGUUUCUGAAAACCCUCAUGCAGAGUACGGCCUGACAGACAACAUCCAGAGGACGGUGGAGAACGAGAAGGCAAGUGCAGAGAAGAUGUUGAAGCAGAAGGUGGACCUGCAGGCGCUGCCCACCAGAGCCUACCUGGACCAGACGGUGGUUCCCAUCCUGCUGCAGGGGCUGUCGGUGCUGGCCAAGGAGAGGCCUCCAAACCCCAUCGAGUAUCUGGCAGCGUUUCUGCUGAAGAACAAAUCCCAGUUUGACGAGAGGAAUUAAAGAAAGCUUUCCUGCAGUAGAAGCUCGUUAACCAACCGCUAGAUUCUUUUAUAAUUCUCAAUAAAGCAGCUGAAGUGA